AUGGCUGGAAUCAAACGUUACCGAGAUGAAAGUCGAUCCACCAGUGUAAAGAAAGCGAAAGUAGAUGUGUCGGUUCAGCAGCAGAAAUUGAUCAAGACGACAGUCAGGCAAUCUGUCCUGCCUUCUCCAGAGGACUCCUCUGCGGCCAGCGAAGACCUUGUCAACACACAUAGUCCAAAGAUACCUCCGAGACAGGCGCUCAAAGAUGGAGCUCCAGCACCAAAGCGAAAGAUCUCGCAGACAAACCGUCCAGCAAAUCUCUCAACUUCUACACAAGGGGGGCAGGUAGUUAAUGGAUCUUCAUCACGCGAGGCACAUGCGAAACAAAAAGUGCUCGCGCAAGAGCGGAAAGCUGUCAAACCGAACGCCGACUCUAUUGCACGAUCGAAGAAAAUCUGGGAGCGGUUACGCCGAAAGUCGCACGUCCCGAAGGAUGAACGGGACAAGUUAGUAAUUGAACUAUUCAGCAUAAUAACAGGAAGAGUGAAAGAUUUUGUGUUCAAGCACGACUCUGUACGAGUAAUCCAAACGGCUGUGAAAUAUGGGAACCUGCAGCAAAGGCGACAAAUUGCACAAGAAUUAAAGGGCGAGUAUCGUAGUCUUGCUGAGAGCCGCUACGCCAAGUUCCUCAUUGCGAAGCUCGUGGUAGGAGAUGAUGAGGUACGAGACAUAAUUGUUCCAGAAUUUUAUGGGCACGUUAGAAGGUUAAUACGACACCCUGAGGCAGCAUGGAUUAUGGAUGAUAUCUACAGGACCAUCGCAACUCCUGAACAAAAAGCUCGGUUGCUUCGUGAAUGGUAUGGCCAUGAGUUCGUGAUCUUCCAAAGCUCAGCGGAUUCUGCCUUGAGGGGCGACCUGCAUCAAAUUUUGAUGGAGAAUCCUGAAAAGAGGGGGCCUAUCAUGCAGCAUCUGAAGGAAAUGACGAACCAUCUGUUGCAGAAGAAGACGACUGGUUUUACUAUGCUACAUGAUGCUCUGCUGCAAUACUUCAUCAACUGCACUUCAGGUGGUUCCGAGGCCACUGAAGUGAUUGAGUUGCUUAAGGAUGACGAAGAGGGUGAUUGUCUCAAGAAUAUGGCCUUCACGAAAUCUGGAUCAAGGCUUGUCUGCCUUGCGCUUGCUUAUAGCAACUCCAAAGAUCGACGAACAAUACUCAAGGUGUUCAAAGGUGUGAUGAAGAUGUUGGCAGGAGACGCACACGGGCAUGUUAUUCUGCUUACUGCUUUCGAUGUGAUUGACGAUACAGUGAUGACUGCCAAAGCAGUCUUCCCUGAGCUUCUAUGCAAGGACUCAGAGGAGCAACAAAGGCAAACAGAGCUUGUGCUUCAGGUUGAGCAUUUGACUGCCCGGAUACCUUUUCUAUAUCUACUAAGCCCCGACUUGCCCAAGUGGCUACUGCCUAAUCAAGACACUAGCAUUUUGAAAGAGAUCCAUGAAAUCAGGAAAACGACUUCGAAGAAAGACCCUCAAAUUCGAAGACAGGAGCUAGUCAAGGCUCUAUCUCAACCAUUGAUUGACUUGAUCGGUCAGCAGACAGAACUCCUAGUAUCAUCGAGUUUUGGUUGCCAGUUCAUCAACGAAGUGAUGUUUGGGGGCGUGGGAGACAAGCAUGCAGCGCUGGAAUCUCUAGCUGUGAUUGCAAGGGACAAGCCUGAGCUCAUGAACACGCCAUAUGCAGGACGAAUGCUGAAGUCUCUUGUCCAAGGUGGACCAUUUGACAAGGAGAGCAAAGAAGUUCGAGUGACCGACCCACCAUUGAGAUUUGAGAGUAUGCUCUAUUCCAAGUGUCGUGACGGGAUUGUCAAUUGGGCAUCAGGUGCAAAUUCCUUUAUUGUGGUUGCCAUGCUGGAGUCCCCGGAUAUGCGAGACCGGGAGAGCCUGGUGGAUGCGUUGCGUGACCAGGUUCAGGUGCUGCGGGAAGCCGCAAAAGGAUCAGGAUCAGACAAGAAGGGCAACGCUGGGACAAAGAUCCUUCUCCAGCAGAUGGAGAAGUCGCGCUAG